UGAAGUGUGUCUCAGUAAAUCGCCAUCUUGAAACCAUUAUUGCUCUCUUCAUGUUGCGUACUACGCCCCUUGUUGAUAAAAAACGACAGUAAUCAGCUGUUAUUUAAACCUUUAUUUUAUAACGUAGGAAAAUAAUUAGCCAGGACGCUUUAUUUAAAAGCUGUUGUAACUGGCUAAAACCAUGCAAAAGUAUGAGAAGUUGGAGAAGAUAGGAGAGGGUACAUAUGGGACCGUUUUCAAAGCUAAAAACAGAGAAACGCAUGAGAUUGUGGCCCUCAAACGAGUGAGACUGGAUGAUGAUGAUGAGGGCGUUCCAAGUUCAGCAUUACGAGAAAUUUGCCUCCUGAAAGAACUGAAGCACAAAAACAUUGUAAGGUUGCAUGACGUCCUUCACAGUGAUAAGAAGCUCACAUUAGUGUUUGAGUUCUGCGAUCAGGAUUUGAAGAAAUACUUUGACAGCUGUAAUGGUGACUUGGAUCCAGAGAUUGUCAAGUCCUUUAUGUACCAGUUAUUGAAGGGUCUUGCCUUCUGCCACAGCCGAAAUGUUCUCCAUCGAGACCUUAAACCACAAAAUUUGCUCAUCAACAGAAACGGUGAACUGAAGUUAGCUGACUUUGGCUUGGCCAGAGCGUUUGGAAUACCUGUACGAUGUUAUUCUGCUGAGGUGGUGACGUUGUGGUACAGGCCACCGGAUGUGCUAUUUGGUGCUAAGCUAUACUCUACCUCUAUUGACAUGUGGUCUGCAGGAUGUAUAUUUGCAGAACUGGCAAAUGCAGGACGGCCCUUAUUCCCUGGUAAUGACGUGGACGACCAGCUAAAGAGGAUCUUUAGAUUGCUGGGAACACCGACAGAAGAACAAUGGCAGACCAUGAAUAAACUUCCAGAUUAUAAGCCGUACCCAAUGUACCCAGCUACUACAUCACUUGUGAAUGUCGUCCCGAAACUCAGCAGCACUGGCAGAGACCUUCUACAGAAUCUUCUGAAAUGCAAUCCAGUACAGCGAAUUUCAGCAGAGGAAGCCCUACAGCACCCUUACUUUGCCGAUUUCUGCCCACCCUAAAUGUCAGAUCACCACAACUUCAUUUAGGAACAGAUGAUGGGCCAAUCUUACCUCGUAAAACCCCUUCAACACCUCCAUCUUUCAGCUCCGCUCACUUCUGCUAGAUUGAGGGACCGUGAAACACUCCUUCCCCUAAAAGUUUAUGAUUUGAUCAUAUGGAUAUGAUUAUGAUAGUGACACUCUCUAAUGCAGAGUGUGGUGCUGUUAUCCUACAUAAACCAUGUGUUUGACUAGAGUCUCCAAAAAUACCUUUAUUAUAUUAGUGUGUUCUUAAAGGAACAGUUCACCCAAAAAUGAACAUUCUGCACAUGGAAAUAAGCUGCAUGAAUAUUCCUCCGCAUACAGGCGGAACGAGUGAAUAAAUGUUGACCAGAUUUUCAUUUUUGGGUGAACUAUUUGUUUAAAUGUAGGGCUGUCAAACGAUUAAUCGCGAUUAAUCGCAUCCAUAAUAAAAGUUUGUGUUUACAUAA